CCCGCAUCAGUCGUAGCCGCGCGCUCCCGCGUCGCGCCCGCACAUUUCCGCGUCGAGCCCUACAUCCCCGACGAUCGAUACGCGCGGGCGGGCUUACCGAGGGGCUGCACGGUGGGCUCCAGUCGCCAGUUCAACUUUUCCGCCGCGCCGCCGAACCGAACCGUCCCGGGGGACACGAAGGGGAGCGAGAGGAGAUUUCGCGCCCGGAAUCGGGCCCCGAUUCCGCAUUUGUCUAGCGUGCGCCGCGAGGAGAGGAAGGUCGCGCGUGCAGGAUGAAGACGAUCUGGGUGAUCGGCGGGCCAGGAUGCGGCAAGGGGACGCAGUGCGACCGGAUGAUCUCCAAGUACGGGUUCCUGCACUUGAGCAGCGGCGACCUGCUAAGGGCGGAAGUCGCCAGCGGCAGCGAGAGGGGCGCGUCGCUUCAGGAUCUCAUGUCCAAGGGGCUGUUCGUGCCAACGGACAUUGUGCUGGCGCUCAUAAAGGAGCAGAUGGACAAGGCCCGCGAGGAAGGUACCACGAAGACCGGCUUUCUCAUCGACGGCUACCCCCGUGAGAAGGAUCAGGGUAUUCUCUUUGAGGCAAACGUUUGCCCCGUCGACCUAAUUCUCUUCUUCGAUGUAGCGAACGACACCCUGAAGAAGAGACUGCUCGGACGCGCCGCCGUGUCCCAAAGGGCGGAUGACAACGAGGAGACGAUCAACAAGAGAAUCGAAAUAUUUAACACCAAGAACAACGAGAUCGUCGAGCAUUACAAGGACAAAGUUGUCAGAAUCAAUGCGGAAGGAACGGUGGAAAACAUAUUCGACGAGGUAACAAAAGCGCUGGACGCUUUAUUAGCUUAGACACGUUGCACCGUAAGCUUUUAAGGAGCCGCAAGAGAUCGGUUGCUCUUUAAAAGCAAGUCGUUACCAAAGUUCAUUACAUUCUAGAUGACGUUAGAGAUUUACUCAAGUGAGAUAUACGCGUACAAAUUAGGUACCUUUGAUUGUUAAUUGUUGAAUAAAACUGAGAUAGAACUGCUUCAAGUCC